AUGACCGCUGCGAAGUUUCCUCACAUCACAGAGAGGCCGAUAACAUGGCAGGUCAAGGAAGAGCUGGCUGCUGGCCGGCCAUUUCCCGCCACUGGUGACAUUUUUCACGUGGCCCUGAAUGCCGUACUUGCGUUUUCUUUUGGGUUCAAAUUUUCCCACAACGCCACGGAGCCCCAGAUUCGGCGGCUAAAAGACCUCCCGAGAACGGGGACUCUCUGGAACGGACGGGGCGCAGAUGAAGACCGGCCUAUGAACUUCCCCCAUGCAGAAAUCAACCAGGCCAUCGAAGCGAUGCUCGAAUUAGGUGAUUCCAUGGAGCAGGUGAAGAGUGCACCAUCGCCUCGCAUGAAGUGGUGCGACAAUCGAGUGUGGGUGCGGUCUGCCGUGGAUCGUAUUGUCGAUGGGGAGGAUAGUCACGCUCAGAAAGAAGGACGGAGGCCCGCCUUCUUCUCCAAAGCCGUCAUGGACGAGGUCUUUGGGUUCAUCGUCGCUGGCCAUGAUACUAUGAGCACAACGAUGUGCCGGGGCGUUAAACUCCUUGCCGACCAUCCAGACUGGCAAUCCCAGCUUUGGCAAUCCCAGCUUUGGCAAUCCCAGCUUCAGCAAGCUCUCCUCGCUGCCUUAGGCUCCGCAGCCGCUGAGAAGCGUGCUCCGACAGUCGAGGAGAUCAUGCAAACAUCCGUCUCUCUCGUGGAUGCUACCAUGGAAGAGAUCCUACGGUGCGGCGGCACUGUGCCCAUCAUGGAUCGUGAGGCGACCAGGGAAACAACGCUCCUUGGUCACAGAAUACCCAAGGGCACACUUAUAUUCUUCCUACAGAAUAGCCAUAGUAUGCUCUCACCAGGGCUUAACGUAGAUAAGAGCCACUGUAGCCCACACUCACGACCGGCAAUGGAACUUGGACAGGCACCACAGGCACCACGAAGCUGGAAUGAUUUGGAUAUCGAUCAGUUCAAGCCUGGACGCUGGCUCGUUUCGGAAAACACCGACCAGGGGGGGCAGUUUGGUAUUUAA